AUGUCUGCCGGGGCCCGCCACGGUCCCCGGGGCAGCCGGGCACAGCCGCUCGCGCCCGUCUGGUGCGUCUCGGCCGCGCUGGGAAUGAUGCUGUGGUCCCCCGCCUCGCAGGCGUUCAACUUGGACGUGGACAAGCUCACGGUGUACAGCGGCCCCGAGGGCAGCUACUUCGGCUACGCUGUGGACUUCCACAUUCCCGACGCCCGCACAGCGAGUGUCUUGGUGGGGGCGCCCAAAGCCAACACCAGCCAGCCCGAUAUCGUGGAAGGGGGAGCCGUCUAUUACUGUCCUUGGCCCGCGGAGGGGUCUGCGCAGUGCAAGCAGAUACCAUUUGACACCACCAAGUGGAAUCUUGGAACCAAAGAUGAAAGGUGGAAACCGGCAUGGCUGACUCUGGGUCUUGCGGUCAGUGCUGCCAGAAGCAUUCCCUUCAUUAAUCGCGGCCACGCCUGCGCUCCUUUAUAUCACUGGAGAACUCUUAGACCAACGCCAGCAAAGGAUCCAGUUGGCACUUGCUAUGUAGCAAUUCAGAAUUUCAGCGCCUAUGCUGAGUACUCUCCUUGUCGGAACAGCAAUGCUGAUCCGGAAGGCCAGGGUUACUGCCAAGCAGGAUUUAGUCUGGAGUUUUAUAAGGUGAAUUCUCUUGGUCAGGUGAUCACUGCCAGUAUUGCAGAUAUCAUUGCAAAUUACUCGUUCAAGGAUAUUCUAAGGAAACUGGCUGGUGAAAAACAGACCGACGUGGCACCAGCUUCCUAUGAUGAUACUUACCUUGGAUACUCAGUUGCUGCUGGGGAAUUUACUGGAGAUUCUCAGCAAGAAUUGGUUGCCGGGGUUCCAAGAGGAGCACAGAAUUUUGGAUAUAUGGCAUCUUAUUUUGGAUAUACUGUUGCAGUAUCAGAUGUUAACAAUGAUGGAAUGGACGACAUAUUGGUUGGAGCACCUCUCUUUAUGGAACGCGAAUUCGAGAGCAACCCUCGUGAAGUAGGGCAAAUCUACCUGUAUUUGCAAGUGAGCUCUCUCUUCUUCAGAGACCCACAGGUACUCAUGGGCACCGAGACUUUCGGGAGAUUCGGUAGUGCUGUGGCGCACUUAGGGGACCUGAACCAAGAUGGAUACAAUGACAUUGCCAUCGGUGUGCCCUUUGCAGGCAAGGAUCAAAGAGGCAAAGUGCUCAUUUACAACGGGAACAAAGAUGGACUAAACACCAAGCCUUCCCAAAUUCUGCAAGGAGUGUGGGCCUCCCAGGCUGUCCCUUCUGGAUUUGGCUUUACUUUAAGAGGAGAUUCAGACAUAGAUAAGAAUGAUUACCCAGAUUUGAUUGUGGGCGCAUUUGGAAGAGGAAAAGUAGCUGUUUACAGAGCAAGGCCAGUUGUGACUGUGGAUGCAAAGCUUCUGCUGCAUCCCAUGAUCAUCAAUCUUGAAAACAAAACUUGCCGGAUUCCAGACUCUAUGACACCUGCGGCCUGCUUUUCUUUAAGAGUAUGUGCAUCUGUAUCAGGCCAGAGCAUUCCAAACACAAUAGCUAUGGUGGCUGAGGUGCAAUUAGAUUCCCUGAAACAAAAAGGGGCCAUUAAACGAACGCUCUUCCUUGACAACCAUCUGUCCCAUCGUGUCUUCCCUCUUGUGAUAAAGAGGCAGAAACCCCUCCAGUGCCAGGAUUUUAUUGUUUACCUUCGAGAUGAAACUGAAUUCCGAGAUAAAUUAUCUCCAAUCAACAUUAGUUUGAAUUACAGUUUGAAUGAAUCCACCUUUAAAGAAGGCUUGGAAGUGAAACCAAUAUUGAACUACUACAGGGAAAAUGUUGUUAGUGAACAGGCUCACAUCCUGGUGGAUUGCGGGGAAGACAACCUCUGUGUUCCUGACUUGAAGCUGUCGGCUAGACCAGAUAAGCAUGAGGUCAUCAUCGGAGAUGAAAAUCACCUUAUGCUCGUAAUAAAUGCAAGAAAUGAAGGCGAAGGAGCCUACGAAGCAGAACUUUUUGUGAUGAUUCCAGAAGAGGCAGACUACGUUGGGAUCGAACGCAACAACAAGGAAUUGCGACCACUGAGCUGUGAGUACGAGAUGGAAAAUGUAACCAGGAUGGUGGUGUGUGACCUGGGGAACCCUAUGGUGGCUGGAACAAAUUAUUCUCUGGGCCUCCGAUUUGCAGUUCCACGUCUUGAGAAAACAAAUAUGAGCAUUAACUUCAAUCUCCAAAUCAGAAGUUCCAACAAGGACAAUCCAGACAGCAAUUUUGUGAGUCUGCAAAUCAACAUCACUGCUAUAGCACAAGUGGAAAUAAGAGGAGUGUCGCACCCUCCUCAGAUCGUCCUGCCCAUUCAUAGCUGGGAACCGGAAGAGGAGCCCCGCAGGGAGGAGGAGGUCGGACCGUUGGUGGAACAUAUCUAUGAGCUACACAAUAUUGGACCAAGUGCCAUCAGUGACACCAUUCUGGAGGUGGGCUGGCCAUUCGCUGCCCGGGACGAAUUUCUUCUCUAUAUUUUUCAUAUGCAAACUCUGGGACCUCUGCAGUGUCAAACGAAUCCUGAUAUCAACCCACAGGAUAUAAAGCCCGCUGCGUCCCCGGAGGACACCCCUGAGCUUAGCGCCUUUUUGCAAAACUCGACCAUUCCUCACCUCGUCAGGAAGAGGGACGCGCCCGUGUUCGAGUUCCACAGACAGAGCCCUGCAAAAAUACUGAAUUGUACAAAUAUCGAGUGUUUACAAAUCUCCUGUGUGGUGGGACGAUUAGAAGGAGGAGAAAGUGCGGUCCUGAAAGUCAGAUCACGGUUAUGGGCCCAAACGUUCCUCCAGAGAAAAAAUGAUCCCUAUGCUCUUGUGUCACUGGUGUCCUUUGAGGUGAAGAAGAUGCCUUAUACAGACCAGCCAGCAAAGCUCCCCAAAGGAAGCAUAGCAAUAAAGACAUCAGUUAUUUGGGCAACCCCAAAUGUUUCCUUCUCAAUCCCAUUAUGGGUAAUAAUACUAGCAAUACUUCUUGGAUUGUUGGUUCUGGCCCUUUUAACCUUAGCUCUAUGGAAGUGCGGAUUCUUUGACAGAGCAAGACCACCCCAGGAUGAGAUGACUGACAGGGAACAGCUGACAAGUACCAAGACCCCUGAUGCAUGACAAG